UGGGUGAGAAUCAGAGAGGCGGGGCUAUCUGCCUUGUCCCUCCGUGAAUACCGUAGUGAAUGCAUGGCCCGCGGGGAUCAUGUUGAAGGUGACAGGUAGUGCCAUGCCGGGAGCCCUGCGAUUUUCACCGUUCACCGUGUUUGCUGCUGCCGGUGACGGCGAGAAGGAACCAGCGGUGGCUCCGUUAAACGUGGACGAACUGUCUCUGUACACCGCUCCCCCGGAGAAGUUUCAGUACGUGGAGCCUAAAGCCGGGCAGCUGGAGGAGCGAGUCGCCACCCUCAGGAAGUUAUCGGAGCCGUACACUGCUUGGUGUCAGGUCACCUAUGAGAAAAUUAAACCCAAAGUUCAGGGGGUCUUCCAGUUUGGGAACGACGCAUACGCCUAUGUGAAGAACCCCCCGAAGGACUUCUACCCCCGGGCGGGAAUCAUCGGCUUUACCGGAGUCCUCGGGCUGGUUCUUGCCAGAGGUUCCAGGAUUAAGAAACUCAUCUACCCGACCACUCUCAUGACCCUGAGCGCCUCUCUCUACUACCCGGAGCAAGCAGCGUCCAUCGCAAAGUCAACCGGAGACUCCGUGUACGACUUGGCCGUGCAGAGCUACGCAGCGGCGGAGAAGAUCCUAAACCCCCAGAGCAAAGCUGAGAAGGUCAAUAAACCCGAAAAGAGCAGCGACUCCGAGACGAAACAGUGACGACCCCGGCGUGACUGCAAUAACCGAGCAGUAGCCAAUCACACAGCAGCUUUAUCCCGAUACUGUAAACUGAGCGCUUUCUAGACAGUGUGACUUUUUCAUGCCUACACUUUGCACUAAGCUUCACAUGAAACUCAGGCCGGGCAAAGGGAAGGGGGGAUUUGCAACUUGAAUGACUCCCUUCCGAUUUGAAUGUGUAUUUAUGUAGAGAUAAAGCAGUGUCUUACAUUAAAGUUGCUUUACCGCCUUGAUUCUGUGUCUUAUAAUGCCACAUGCACAAACAAGAUGGUCAGCACCAAAGAGAAGAAAACUAAUUCAGGAUU